AUGAAGUUUAAAACACAAAAGAAUUAUAAGAAAAUCAUUAAAUUUUAUCAACUAAGUUAUGGAUAUAGUGAACCUUAUUCAGUUUUAUUGGAGCCAGAGUUUUUAAAGAGAUCAAAUGAGAUCAAUGUUAUGUAUAGAGAAGUCAUUCCAAAGACAUUAGAAGGACGAUAUGUUACAACAUGUGCAGUUGCAGAGUGUAAAAGAAGAGGUGAAGAUUAUAAACAGAUUCUAUCAAUGGCAAAGAAGUUGGAAUACUACAAGUGUGAUCAUGUACAUGACAAAGAUGAGGUGUAUCUAUCAAAGAAGUGUUAUGCUGAUUUGGCAAUACUUUUUAUUUCGUCAAUUCAAAACAAUGAUAGUAGAUUCGAUCUAAGACAACAACCAGGUGUACCUUUGCUUUUCCUCUUGACAAACAAGAUCAUUCUAGAGAAACCUUCAACUGCUUCACAUCGUAGAACGCUUCAAACACAUAAACUCUUAACAAAGACAGAUGAAAUAGAUAAAGAACUCCUGCUGAAAGCAAAGUUUGGUGAUAAAUACAUACCAAAGAGUAUUAGAGAUAAAGAGCAUGAAGCAGAAGAGAAAGAGAAAGAAAAAGAAAAGGAAAAAGAGAAAGAAAAGGAAAAUGAUAAAGUUAAAGUAAAAGAUAUUGAUUCCGAAAAGAAGAGAAAGAGAGAAGAGGUAGAAGGAGAAGAAGAUGAGGAGGAUGACGAUAGUAGCAGCAGUAGUAGUGGUAGUGAAAGUGAAAGUGAAUCAGAAUCAAAAGAUGGUGAAACAACAACAACAACAACAACGACAACUACAACAACAACAACAGAACAAAAGAAAAAGAAAAAGAAGAAAGAAGCAGGACCCAAUCCAUUGGCAGUCAAGAAGAAGCAGGUCGUACAGCCACCACGGCCAAAGAGAGUAGGUCAAAAGAAGAAUCGUAGAAAACUUAGACCGUCGUCGGCAAUCAAAUACAAAGAGGCAAAGGCAGUUGAAUUGGCAGCUAAAGAAGCAGCUAAAGCAGCAGCAAAAGCAGCAAGACAAUCUUCAGCAAUGGCAAUGAGAUCAAGACAACAACCACCACAACAACCAAUGUUCGUUGAGGCACAAUAA